UAGAGUAAAAUUGUAUAGGAAAUUUUGGAGAUUAUCGCUAUUUUUUAUUAGUAUUCUAAUCGUUACUGGAACCCUAGGAUGAACGAGAAAUCGACAGGCUACAAUAUAGCCGCAGACCAAAUCUACCGAUAGUCUGCACCUGUUGGAAAGCAAUCGGAGCUGCAUUCCCCUUUGAAAAUUCAAAACCUAAAGGCAACUACAUCGUUUGUUGUUCGUGGUGGCUGCAACUUUCACUUGCGUUUUCAAUUGUCGUGGGUAAGCUCGUUCUUCAAUAGAUUCUGAUUCAUCAAGUUCAUGCCAAUAACGAUUAGUUGUUCGUGUUGGCUGCAAAUUUCACUUGCGUUUUCGAUUGUCGCGGGUAAGCUCGUCAAUGGAUUCUGAUGCAUCAAGUUCAUACCAAUAACGAUUAGUUACUCAUCUCGUAUCUGCAAAAUGUUACGCCGGAUAAAAUGUCCACCAACUCAUAUAAUCUCUUUCCUUCAAAAUUAUCCAUCUCUGCUUGUGAGAGUUAUCUCAAGCAAUGCAACUGAAUCGCAUAUAGUGUCUUAUCUUGUUAACAAUUGUGGGUUAUCUCCAAAAUCUGCUGUUGUAUCUUCUAAGUAUCUUCAAUUCAAAACCUCCAAAAAACCAGACUUGGUUCUUGCCUUUUUCAAGACACAUGGGUUCUCAAAGACCCAGAUUGCAGCGCUUGUCCGUAAACGCCCAAGGGUGCUUUUAUCAGAUCCUGAGAAAACUCUUUUGCCCAAACUUCAAUUCUUGUACUCUAACGGAUUUUCAAGACCUGACAUUGCUAAAGUUUUGUCUGUAUGCCCUGAGAUUCUGCAUAGUAGCUUAGAAAACCAAAUAAUCCCUGCUUUUAACGUCAUAAGGACUUUUCUUCCAUCUGAUCAGAAAGUUGUUGGUGCUAUAAAACGAUUACCACGUAUUUUAGGUUCUCAUCUUGAAGACUAUGUCAUUCCUAAUAUCAAAAUUUUGCAAGAAAAUGGAUUGCCAAAAUCAAGUACUGCUUGGCUACUUAGAUAUCACCCUGCUACGUUUGUAACGAGCUUAAAACUAUUUUCUGAUAUUGUGGAAAGAGUGAAGAGAAUGGGGUUGGAUCCUUUGGUAUUGAACUUUGUUGCUGCAAUUCAUGCAGUAAGGGGAAUGAGCCAAUCAACGUGGCAAAGGAAAAUUGAUAUUUAUAAGAAGUGGGGAUGGUCCGAGGAAGAGAUUAUUGUGGCUUUUGGGAAGCACCCAUGGUGUAUGAUGUGCUCUGAGAAAAAAAUUAUGGCAGCCAUGGAGUUCUAUAUCAACAAAUUGGGUUGGGAUUCUUCAACUAUAAAACGACGUCCAAUACUCAUCUCACUGGGCUUGGAUAAGAGGGUUGUGCCACGGUGUUCCGUUACAGAGGUUCUGCAGUCAAAAGGUCUGAUCAGGCUGAAUAGUUCUAGUUUAACUUCAGCAAUUUUAAUUUCUGAAGAAAUGUUCCUGAAAAAAUUUUUGACACCUUACAAAGAGGAAAUUCCUCAUCUGUUGAAGUUAUAUCAGGAGAAGUUGGAAGCUGCAAAAUGCAAGGAUGUGGAGAAAGGGGGCUGAAGCAAUAUGAGGCUAUUGUGUUUCCAACCAGAGUGAUCAUUCUUGUCUAACAAAAUUUCACCAUUGAAAUAAAUUGCGGAGCCUGAUGAAGAACAUUAAGUCUGAUCAGAUACAACUUGAACUUGUAUCAUCAGAUAUUUCAAUAUUCCAAGGUUUUGAAGGAGCAGACAGAUGCACAGCAAUACUAAGAGGGAUGGUUGUGCUGAAGAUAAUUUUGGUGAUGACUUGAUUUAAGCACAUCAACACUGACAGAUUCUAUUGGGCAAUGCAAAUCAACUUAAUGCAGGUUUCUAUUCUGGCCAUUGGAUUAUUAUUCAUUGGUUUUGAUGUGGCUUCUGGAAAAGCCUUGAAUGAAACAUGGCAUUUGCAUACAAGUUCAGUGUGUUUGAAAUGUUCUGUAAAUGUGAUUCUUUCUCUCCACCCUUUCUCCUUUUCUUUCUUAAUUUAUAUUCUCUUGUCAACAAAGUAUAAGCUGAGCUACAAUUUGAAAAAGAAUUGUAUUGUAGAUUUACAAAAACAAUUUUCAGUUGUCCAGUUAUUUAGAUUUUGUUCGAAA